AGUGAGAGAUCCCGUUCCCCGCAUCGUCCGCCGCGCAGAUUUGUGUGAGAGAGUUUGGAACGGCAGCACUGCAGAGUUGGCCGGCAUCCCUUUUUUUGAUUUUUUUUUCUACCCCGUAACUCUGAAUUUGCCGGCUGUCCAGCGUCACACACCCCGCAUGUGUGCCUCUAUUUGGAUUUUUUAAUAUUGUGCCCAGAAUGGCCAACAAGACGGUGUGGUCCCCUGCUUGUCGACGCCGGCGUUGGUGCAAGUCCACGGACGAGGCCACCACCAGUGAUGAGGAUUUGCUCUCCGAUGCGGGAAUCGACGUUGAUGAUGAUGAGGGCUUGGAAAGCAUUCCAGUUUCUAAGUUACCCAGUAAAUUAACAAUACCUACACCUAGAAUGGAUACUUACAGAUUUUCUAUGGCCAACAUGGAAGAUAGUCAAGAUAUAGAACUCGACGCUAUUUUAGGAGAGCUUUGCGCUCUAGAGGACAAAUUGGAUCGCGAGAUCAUGCCCAAAAGCCAGUCGGCCAACCAAGCAUUGGGGAAUGCGUGGAUGAAUUCCAGACCAUCCGGUGGAAACGUUCCCAAUCAGAAUUCUUCUAAAAGUCAGCUAGAACCGAAACUCAGUUCUGGACAUAAUCGAUCGAAUUCCGGCGGGAGUGGAUCUAGACCAAAAUUCGAGAUUGGAGGACUUCAAGUGGACAUGUACUCCGAAGAAUUCCUCCGCUCGCAAAAGAGCGAACUGAGUCUUCGCACUGAGAGUCCGGAUAAUGAUUCUGCUUUCUCGGACAACGUUUCAAUGCUCUCUUCCGAAUCUUCUGCUUCAUCCGGGGGAGUCAGAGGAGAGGGACACUCCUCCAGGAGUAUGUCCUCCCAGAGCAGUUGCAUGUCUCUGGCCUCUUCGCCUACCCAGGUUGAACAAGCUGCUCGUUUAAAAGCAGAAAAAAUAAAAAUUGCUUUAGAGAAAAUGAAAGAAGCAAGCAUUAAGAAGUUGUUUAUCAAAGCAUUCAGUGCCGACAACAGUGCCAAGAGCUUGCUCAUCGACGAGCGUAUGACCGUUGGGCAUGUAUGCAAACUUCUGGCUGAGAAGAACCAUGUGACAAUGGAUCCCAAGUGGGCUCUUGUAGAACACAUUCCUGAAUUAUACAUUGAGCGCGUGUAUGAAGAUCACGAGCAUGUCGUGGAAAAUCUACUUUUGUGGACGAGAGAUUCGUGCAAUCGCCUGUUUUUCUUGGAGAGAGAAGAGAAAUACGAUCUCUUCAUAAAUCCACAGAACUAUCUGCUUGGUGGUUCGUCUUCUGAGAAGCACGCUGAAUUAGAUGAUGAUGCUAAAAAUAAUUUAUUAGAAGAAUUCUUUUCAUCUAAUGUCGGUGUGUCUGAAGUUGAAGGGUCUCUUUAUCUGAAAAGUGAUGGAAAAAAGGCCUGGAAGAAACACUUUUUUGUUUUGCGAGCUUCUGGCUUAUAUUAUUGUCCAAAAGGAAAAUCAAAGCUAUCGAAAGAUCUGCUUUGUUUGACAACGUUUGAUAUGAACAAUGUAUAUCUUGGAUUUGGCUGGAAAAAGAAAUAUAAAGCACCAACAGACUUCGGAUUUGCUAUAAAGCAUCCUCAAAUUCAAACGAAAUCUUCGAAAUACAUAAAGUAUUUAUGUGCUGAAGAUGAAAAAUCUUUGAAGCAGUGGAUGAUGGGAAUUCGUUUAGCAAAAUAUGGAUCUCAGCUGAAAGAUAAUUAUGACAAUCUUUUACGAGACAUAGCAGAGGAGGAUUUAGAAAGUUUGGCAAAUGCUCGAAGCUUCUCCAUACAAUCCAUGGCAAAGCAUGCCAACACCAACUCUGAGAGUUGUUCCAACUUCAAAUCUGGACCAUCUAACCAGCCUCUAGAUCUAGACCAGAUUGAUGACGAACCUCCCACUACUCUGGAGAAAUUGCACAAACUGAGAGUUAUCAGCCGACAAGAUUCUAUCAAGUCCAGCAAAUCCAAUACCAGUAGCAGCAGUGGUUGUCCAUCUGAACGGUCUAGCAGUGGCACGCCAACAACAGAUCAUUUAGUUUUUGAUACUGACUUCCCAAUGGGCACCAUUAAAAGAAAACCAACCAUGACUCCGAAAAUCCCCCUGACCAGCACCACCCGAAACCUAGCGAAGCAGUCCGGCGAAGAUGGACCUCAUCUGGACUGCAUGAGCAACGGGAGCGGCGGAAGCUGCAAUGGCAGUCUCAAUGGGAGCCUUGGGAGAUCCACUUGUGGCCGUUUCAGCUUGAGGAGGUCCAAAACGGACGACAGGAUAUCACUUGGCAGUUUGUCCAGGAGAUCGCCCAAGCAAAAUGCCUACCUAGACACAUCAAAUUCGACUCUUCUUCGAGACGAUUUACCACUUCCUCCUCCGCCACCGGAGAUCACCCACAUGACUGAAUGUAUGAACUUCGACACUCUUCCUCCACCUCCUCCUGAAGCCUUCAGGAACGGGACACUUGACCUGGAAUCUCUACCUCCCCCGCCAAUGCAGGACACUUCAGAAGAAGACCUCAAGUGGUUAAAUGACUCGAAUAUCACCAACCUUCCGCCACCGCCAUCUUUGCAGAAAGACCAUUCCACUCCGGAGAAAAACUGUAAAAAUUCUGUCAGGGCUUCUCCAGCUGUGCCCCCCAAACCGAGGAAGGGAAUCAGACGCCGGCAGUCUGAAAGUGACGCUCAUGCCACACCUCCUAGACUAUCUGAACACAAAAACAAACUCAUAGUAAUUAAACCAAAACCAUCUAGGGACUUCAAUCUAGCGUUAUCCGAAUCAAAUCCCUGUGAUGAAAACGCUUAUAGUUGGAGUGAUGUCCAGACUCCCGCAUCACCACCAUGCACACGUUCCAACAGGACUUCUUGCUGUGAUGAUUCUAAGUCUCCAGCUUUAUCUCGGAGUAGACGAACCAGCGCGCCAUGUGUCGCUAAUGGCAAACUCCAGAUCCACACUGUGGUGUCGCCAACCGGACCCUCCAAGCCAACAGCGUCGGAUAGGAAAUCUAGAUCUCAGUUCAAACCAUCCCCUCCAAAAAGGAGUGAGAACACUAAGCUGUCUUCAGCGUUUACAGCACCUCAAAGGAGGUCUGCCUCAGCUUCGGCUGCUCCCUGCGAUACAGAUGAAUAUCCACCAGAAUCUUUCUUGCGCAAUUUGCAAAAGGUGAUGGUCAAAAAGUGGAAGGUAGCCCAACAACUGUCGAAUGAUAGUGCUCCUAGUUCUCAUCAAAUUUUGGGGUUUAGGGAUCCGAAUUGCUUGCCUUCCGUUGAACCGUCACGCCUUCUUCAAAGGUCACCGUCUUCACCCCCACCAUUGCCGACUCACAUGGAGAAAAGUAAAUCCUCCCGAUCGUCAUCACAGUCGCGUGACACCAAAGUGACCGCCGUGAACUCAAAAAAACAUCCUCCUCCUCCACCUCCCAAGAAACAUGAAAAUAAAGCUCCCCUGUGGUGAGAAGUAUGUCGGUGGAAACGAACAUGCUCAAUUUGGUGCUGUGAAUAUGCUCUUGUCUUGAAGAACUUGGACAAAGAUUUUAGUCUUUUCAAUACAUUCUACGGGAGAUUUUUUUCCUUUAAACUCACUUAAGAAUUUGUUUUCGUGAAUUUUCUAUUCAUUAGUAAGUGGCUUCAAUAUUGUAGUGUGUUGAUGCAGUAUUGGGCUGUUAUUAAAAUUCUAUGGAAAUAUUUUUACACAUUUGUAAUGUGUGUUCCCCGAUUGCAUUGACGUUCAAGGUGCAGAUAUCAAUUUUAAACUGCUCAAGUAGUAUAUCAUUUGGCAGUUUAAAUGGGAUUAGUAAUCCUUACUCUAAUAUAUUUUAAUUGCCUUGUUUCGUCUGUUUUUCUUUUUUAUAAGUUGCUUUAAUUAAGUCAACCAAAAGUUUGAUUAUUUCUAUUAUUUCGAGUGUGAUAUGAGAUAUCAGCUUCAAAAUGUUUUGUUAUUGUUUUUAGAUAUUUAUACUGACCUACUUUUCUCCUUGACUUAAUAUUUUUUUUUUCAAAGACAAACUGAAAUUUCCUACCUCCAGAGUUCAUUUAUUAAUUUUUGUUAUUUGUUUAAAUGUAUCACUUAAAUGAGCUUGAAAAAAAAAAAAACAAGUUAAAUAUUAUGAGCAAAAAUAUAUAUAAAUUGAUUUUAGUUGAUCUUUUAAUAAUAGGCCUGCUGUUUAUUAAAUCUUAUAAUAUUAAAUUACCUUUCUAAAGCAAAUGAAUAGGUAUGUAUCAACAAGUAUAUUUUUAAAAUUUAGUUUUGAAUUUUAGCAAAUGGUUAAAUGGCAAGGUUACUGAAUGCUACAGAAUUAGCGUCUUUGAAUGUUUCUUAAGCGUAAAAAAUUAUCUACAUUAUUUCAUCAAAAAAAAAAAAAAGAGGUAUUGAAAUUUACUUUAAUAUACCCAUUCAUAUCGCCAAGGAUCUACAACUCAAUCACUAGCAAAAGGGCUGACAAACUAAACAAUAUUGUGCAUAAGACUGUUACUCCUCUUAAUACCUUAUGUUACCAUUAUGGCAACAAAUUCGAGGAUUAUUAAAGCAAGUUUCAACAACAAAAUUCUCUCUAUAUAUAUUUAUAUAUAAAAUAUUUACCGAAGAACGCCACAGAUUCAGUGUUUCGAUAUUGUGCAAAAUGAGAUGGGAAAACGCUAAUUUAGAAGUUAUGAUGAAUUUAGAAAGGGCGUUUCUUUAACUUUCUCUUCUUGAAACAGAAUCUAUUCUGUAAACAUUAAUUGAAAGAUAAUAUUGAUGAGAAGUUACAAUGUUGGCUUUUGGGCUACGUUGAAAUUUAAUGUACGGUCGCCAAAGUUGAAUUAUUUUGUGGCAAUUUCUUGCCAAAUGCAAUCAUGACAAUUUAAUUGCGACCUGAAAGCCUUUUGUUGGUAUUUCUGGUAAUCAAUCAGAUGGCCAUUUUUAACCAAUUUUUGGAUGAUUGGCAUGAUUUUCACGUACUUGGUAAGAAAUUGUACAUUAAUCUUCAAUCUUAUUAGUUGGCUGUUGCACGAGAGAAGAUGAAAAUAUGUUCUAAAAAAUAACAUUUAUAUUUUUCAUUCAAUAGGAAAAUAAUAACAAAAACAAAAUAAAAAGCAAAAUGGAAGGAAAUAGAAUUCCCACUAAGAAAUAUAAAGUGCAGUACUACGACAGGCUGCUUUGGGUAAUUGACCUGGAGUUGUUUCUCAUCGUAUUCUUCUCAAUUAGAAGCAGGGUUUGUAUUUAACAUGCAUUUGUGGAUGAACAGAGUCGUUUUCUGCAAUUCAUUACUUUCCAAGUUUAUACUGAAUUGAGUUUCCGGAGUUCUGCUUAAUAUUAAUACAUUAUUUUAACUAUUUCUUUUGAUGUAUAAUGUGUAAUCUUCAUUUUCGUAAAAUUUAUUUUUGUAGUUUUUCAGUAAAAGGCUCUGAAGCCUAUUGUACUUUAUUACUUAAAGUAAAAUGUGUUCUUAAAAUUAUACAAAUCUGCACUGAUCAUUGUAAAUGAUUCAUGAUUUAAAUGAAUGAAUCAUAAUGUUUUCAUUUCAUAAAUGUUCUGUAUAUUAUCUAUUAGCAUACUCCCCCCCCCCUCCCCUUUUUUUUCGUAAGGUCAUUGAUAUAGUGGUCCCAAUUGAAGAAAUCAUUUAUUGGAUUUGGAUGUUUUUCAUUUAGUAAUUGAACAAAGAAAAGCUGUUAGGUGUAAUUCUUGUUGGAUAUAUAUCUUUUUCUUGUAUAGUAUAUUGUAGAAAGCUUUAUAGCUACGAGCUUAUGACAUCCUGCACCGAAACCAAAUUUCUAGACUGUUUUUUUAUCUCUCAAAUGCAGUCAAACCUCGGUUCUCGAACUGAAUUCAUUCCUGAUAGUCCGAAACUAUCUUUCCCAUAGGAAUUCAUGAAAAAUGGAUUAAUCUGUUCCUUUACAACUGUACACUGCACAUCAUUUUCUAAAAGAAAAUCACUGAAAAUCCAUUAAAUGUGUCAUACAUGUACACACAAAAAUAAAAUAAAAGUUAAUAAAGUUUUCAUGCAUAUCUAUCUUUUUUUUAGUUUUCACAGCACUUGUGCAUAGAACUAUGCGGGUAGAAAGGAGGGAGGAAAUAAAAUUGUAUUGAAUAUUUUUGACAAUCUCGACUCUGUUUCAAAUUCACUGAAUGAUUAUGCAGUUUUAUUUAUCUUAUUAUGAUCAGACAUGCAUCAUCAACUCAGAUGCUUUAUGUCCAUGAAGAAUUUUCGUAAACCGAGAUUUGACUGCAUCCGCUAAAUGCGACCUCUUAAUGUUUACUAUAACAAUUUCUAGCGCACAUGUAGUGUAUAUCCUGUACUUAUAUUUGUGUUAAAUUAUUUGUGCCAAUACAGAUAGAUUCUAGCGACCUGCGUAUGGAAUUGGCUGGUCCAAUUGUCAUGACAUAUUCAUAAUUCUCCAGUUUUUAUUUUUAGAUAAUUCUUUUGAUAUGGGUAGGUGCAUUUUGCAAUGUAUUCACUGAGGACAUUUCAGGAUUGUGGAAAAAUUAUUUUUAAGCAAAUGCUUGUGGAAUGAGCUUAUUUGUAAGUGAGGAUAAGUGUUGCAGCAUCAGAAAAUUAAAGAAAGAAUUAGGGAGAAUCAAUCAGCCAAAAUUAACCUUAUUGAAAGAAUUUUGAAAUUUUUAUGAUAUGCUGGGUCAUAUUUUGAAGACGAAUAAAAAAAAGAAUUGCAAAUCGAUUAAUUAGAACAAAAAAGAGCAAAUUUCGAUUAUAAUAGCAUUGACAAUCUGUCAAAAUUCCACAUACAAAUUAUUUUAAAAGUACUCAGUUGAAUGUUGAAAAUGUGUACAGUCUUUUACCUAAUCAUAUAUAUAAAUUGUUAAUAUUACUUAUUUGACUGUAGUACAUAGAUAUUUAACGUAUAUACGUCAAUAUUGCAAUAAAGCUACACUCAUUUU